AUCUAUGCGCGGAGUGCAGCACUGGAGGGCCGGCCAUGUUGGAACGACGGCAGAGGCCCCUAGCGGAUCGAUGGGCGACGCGGCCGACAUUCCGUGAGCGAGCCGGCCGUGUUGGCGUCGCGUUGGCUGCGCGGUUGUACCGUCGUUUCCUGCAGCGUUGAGCUGCGUGGCACUUCUUCCCUCCCCCCAGAACCGCUCCGCCCGCCGCCCGGACCGCAGUGCCUGCACGUCGUUACCGAGACCUGGAGCUUCGCCCGCAUCGUCCUCCCGCGCCUACUUCUUCGCACUCAACGCAACUGCUUCACCAUGGUGCAGGCUUCCACGUACGGCAAGGCGAUCGUGUUUACGUGCACGGUGGGCAUCGCCCUGUGCGUGUACGCGUUCGUCGUGGAAGAGAGGAAGUCGCAGGAUGCGAAAUACCAGGCCGUAUGCGAUCUCAGCGAGCACAUGAGCUGCUCUCGUGUGCUCACGUCGCCGUACGCCAAGGGCUUCGGGCUGGUGCGCCACGUCCUAGGCGAGGACUCGCCGCUGAACGUGCCCAACAGCAUCCCCGGGGGUGUGAUGUUCACGCUCUUCGCCCUGCUCUGUUUUCUCCAGAGAGCGUGGACCGCGAGGAUUCAAUUGGUGCUGGGCAUUUUGUCUAACAUCAGCUCAGUCUACCUGGGCUCCAUCCUCUACUUCGUGCUGCAAGACUUCUGCGUCAUCUGUGUGUCUGUGUACGCCAUCAACUUCAUCAACCUGGUCCUGGCCUUCCUGCGCCUCAGGGCGUUGACCUCUAAGCCAGUGGGCAAGCAGAAGGGCCAGCAGAAGUCGCAGAAGGGCCAGAAGGGAGGCAAGCAGCAGCAAAACGACAAGCAGAAGUCUCCGCAGGCGGAGAAGAAGAAGGAAAAGCAGAAAUCGCCGCAGGCGGAGAAGCAGAAGCAAAACCAGCAGAACGGUAAGGUCAAGAACCAGCAGAACGACAAGCAGAAGAGCCCGAAGACGCCUAACAGCAAGAAGAAGAAUUAGCACUUUCAUUCUGAAACGUCUGCGCUUUGGUCCACAGUUGUUGAGAAUUGUUGUGAAGCAGACUAUGUUGUGAUGUUGUUUAGGGGCAUCUUUCUCAGACAACUAAAAAGUAAAAUCGUACACAAGAUGCACUGUUGCGCGAACCUUGUGAUGGUGAAUGUAAUUUGCUUCAAAUGAUGCGAGAAGAACAUUCUAUGACCUAAACGCUAUGAACUCAGAUAAUGCUGUUCCCCAAGUGAUAGCUUCGCGAAUUUUUUGGAACUCUCCGUAUUUUUCUGACAUGAUAUAUUGCUUUGUGUGGUUUUUUUAUAAGAAAGUUUCAAGAAAAUAUUUAAAAAUGUUUUCACUUGGCUGAGGUUAUUAUAUAGUUUGUGUGUUGUUAAAUUCAGAACUAGUCAUGUACACAAAGGUGUGUGCUGCAUUUUUGGGACAUAGUGGCAUAUAAAAUUUAGGAAUUUUUUAUCCUCCAAUAUAACUGAUAUGAGGGAGAGGAAUUAACUGCAUGCUUGUGUGCUAUCACACUGUUCUAAUCAUGUUUUCAGGGACAUUAUGUAGGAGGUAAAAUGUAUCAGAUAUCUCAAAGUGCAAUCAUACUAGUAGUUAUUUUAAUGGAAAGUAUGCAAAGUACAUACUUACAUUUUUGAAAGCCCAAGUAAAAAAAUCAAUUAAUUGAAUUAAAAGAAAUUGGCUCACUUUUUAAUUAUUUAUGUAGGAUAUAUAACUAUUCAGUUCAUUAAACAUUCCAGAGAACAGCAGAAGCUGAAUUUGUUAAGUGUGUAUUGAAGAUAUUAAUACUAUUAUUAUUCUUGAGUGAGAGUUGCUUGUUAACUAUUUUGUAUUCUUCAUUAUGGUUUAUAUUUACAAAAGCUCUAUCACAUUUAGAAGUUGUUGAUUUGUUAUUUUCUUUUUUUGUGGAAUAAUUAUUCAGUGUCUCCCUUGUAAUUAUUAUUUCGUAUAAAUGCAUUUCAUGAGAUUUUAUAAAAUGUCGACAAAUAUUUUCAGGAGAUAUAUAUAUUUUUGUAAUGCCUUGAUUUUUAUGAAUAGACCCUUAAACAAUGUAAUGUAAAAAAGUAACAAUUUUAUACAAACUGUUGAGAUAGAGCCAGAGUUCACGAAGAUAAAUAAACGAAAACAAUGUUUUAAACGCCUCUGAUUAAAACGCACUGCCCUUAGCUCUAGCGCGGUAGGACGCUUUGGACGCACGCAGCAGGCGAGUAUCGAUCCCGGGGCCUUGGCUCGAGUAUUGAUUCGAGCCUGACCUUCAUUCCGCACGCCGACACGUGGCCGUUGAACUCGGACGGCGUACGUGUUGGAAGCACGGUGGCGCAGAUAGUUCAGUGCAUCGCCGACAGAUGUCAGCACGGAGUUCGUCGGCGGUGGCGCGCUCUCACGAGCUUCGUGCGUAAUAACGUCGCAGUGGAGCAGGGGGUUUCUAGGUCAUGACGACGCCAUAUGCUGCGAACGACGCGGGAAUGGAGUAGAGAGGGUGAAAGGCCGAGAAAGUCCGCGAGCUGAUGCUGUGUCAGCCGUACUGUGGAAGGGUCAUGGGUGCAGAGAUAUGAGGUUAUUUAACAGCUGGCGGUCUGAUAGCUCUUGUUUGUAAGGGUUAUCUUAUCGAUUGACUUCAACGUGGCUGCCUGACUAGGCUUGCGUUGACAUAAAGUUAUUUCACGCUCAAUUCUUAUGUUGCAACGGCAUUUCUUCCAAUAUCUUGGAAUACGUUCCAUCCCUUAAGGAUGAACUUGGAAUUAAAGAAUAUUUGCCAGUAUGUUAAACAGUAACAUUGUACCGAAAGGCGUAUCGAUUGGUAUCUCUUGUAGAACUUCCGAUAGUUUCAAUAGAAUUUUAUGCACCAAUGGAAUAAAAAAUAUUCUUUAAUUCCACUUUAUUUUGCGGAAUGUUAACAAUUAAUUGUAAAGAAACGUAAAAUGGCAGUUUCCGGAGCCUAAAAUUCUGGACAUUGAGUCAUGUGAAAUUGUCUAUAUUUCAGUAAUUUAUUUUGCUCUAAUAUCAAAAAUAUUUUCAUAACCUUAAUUUAUAUUGGGAAAAUUUACCCUCUGAAGUAACCUUUCUCUUUGUAAUGAGGUUGAUUUGAUCUAACAACUAAUGUAAACAAAGUUUUACAAAUCUCUUCUUUCAAAUCUUGCCAAAACAUUUUAACAUUUAAAAGGCAAUAAUUUAGGUUUACAUAAUGACAUUGACUGUUAAAAGCAAAUGUGAAAUGGAUAUGUAGAAAUGUUGCAAUGUUUCAUUACUUCCAUUGAACCUUCAACCGCCAAUCUUUUCUUUUCCUUUGUAUUCACACACACUAAAGGCGACCCUUGUGUGAGUGCGUCGUUUCUAGAAGGAUAUGAAAAUUCUGUCCUCUACCUUUCUUAAGCAAUUUCUAAAGUACUGGAAAAUGGCAGGUGCAAGAACACGUCUAAUGACCUGAAUCUCGCCAUUCACAAAUACAAUG